GUCAGUCCGAAGUUUCGGGAGCCGACCCGCGGAAGGAGGGAGCGAGCAGCGCCAUUUUCCUGAGACCCUCUUCCGUCCAGAUCAGGACCCGGCGCUCCUUCAGACCGAGGGAACCGGACCCGGGACCAGAGUCGUACCAGCAGGAACCUCAGAAGACGACUUAGAGGAGCGGACGAGCGGGAGGUGGAGCCAUGUCGAACUCAUGGCGUGAGGACGAUGAGGAGUUUAAGGUGGGAGGAGCAAAAGGAGGGUUGAGAACCAAACCGAGGUUCUCCUUCAACGAGGUCCGAGUGCUGCUGGAGGCCGUGAAGAUGAACAGAUACAUCAUCCUCAGGAAGUUCAACCAGGGCGUUUCAGCUGAGACCAAGAAACAGACGUGGUUCGAGAUCACGAAUCAGAUCAACGGCCUGGGAGAGAAUCACCGAGAGGUGCGUCAGAUCAUGAAGAAGUGGGCGGACCUCAAAUGUGACGGGAAGCGGCGCAUCGCCAUGAACCGGAGCCCGAACCUGAGGAAGAAGAACCUGGGCCCCGUGGAGAAGAUGGUGCACAAGAUCCUGCUGAUGAGUCCCAGUGGGGAAUGUGACAGUGACCAGGAGCCUGACGAUGACGAGGAGCUGUCGAAGCUUUACUCUAAAGGUCUGACGUCCAAUUACUCCUACCUGGGUCUGACGGACAGCUCGCACUCGUUACCUGGAGGAGCCUCCUACGACAUGUCUCCUCUGUCCUCACCGGAGAAGGAACCUGGAGAUCCCUUCCAUUCCUCCUCCGACUUCGACGUGGAGCUGGGAGACGAUGGAGAACGAACGAUGGACUUUGAUGAGAACGAGGACUCCCUGUUCUCCUCGGCUCCCGCCUCCCUCCCGGCGCCCACCCCCCCCGCCUCUCUGGACCCCCUCCCUGACAACGCCCUGCUGAGGGUCAAGCCCGUCCACACCUACUCCCGGAGCAGCCAGAACCACAUCCAGAACCACAACUACUCCAGACCGAUGCCGGGUCCCUCCUCCUCCUCCGCGGCCUCCACCUCCUCCGGUUUCCCUUCAGCAUCUGACUCCAAGGCCGCCGCUGCACCUCCUUCCUCGCAGUCUCCUACGAGCUCCAAUGUGACUGGCUCCUCCCUCCCCAGGCCCCCCCCGGCUUCCUCCGCCAAUGACUCUACCUCUGACCUUGCCUCAUCCUCCAUCCUCCCACCUUCCGCUCCUCCUCCCGCUCCCUCCGCUGCAGUCUCCUCCUCCUCCUCCGCUGCUCCUUCCUCCUCGGUCCACCGCGGCUCAGGCUCGAACCCGUGUGACCCUCUGCCGGCCGGGGCGUCCUCCCGCCGCGUGCAGGACAGCGUGGGCCAGAUGGCCACGCAGAGCCUGCAGCAGCAGCGGGCCAGCCGGAUGCUGCUGACCUCCAUGUCCCAGUCCCUGGAGAUGCUGGCCCAGUCCGUCCAGCUGCUGGUGGAGAGCCAGCAGGAGUUCGUGCAGGAGUCUCUGCUCCUGCAGAGGGAGACGGUGGACGUCCUGAGGGACUUCUCCAACACGGCGUUGACCAUGCUGAGGGACAAAGGCAGCAGCGGACUCCAUCUGGACCCGCCUCCUCGCUUCUGAAACACGCAGAGGAACAGACUAUGAAGCUUUUCAGGAGCGAAACCCGAGAAGCGCCCGAGCCGAGGGCUGAACAUCGUUCCUUCGUGUUGCUGCUGGUUGAGAUGAGCAGCUGCUGAAACCCCCCCGAGCGCCGGACGGGUCGGUGCUGGAACAUGGAGACACAACUGAUAUCAGUGGGUGUAAAUGAAACAUCAUCAUCAAGGUCAAUAUUAUUUUAUUUACUGAACGUGUCUGAUUAACUGGGGAACUCAUGAAUUCACUCCACAGGCUACAAGGAGCAAAACCAUUUAAAGACCAACCUCGAUGGUUUAUAUGAAAAGUGACUUUAAUCUCGAUCAGGGAAAAACUAAAACGUGUCUCUGUCGUCUCCCAGAACGAACGAUGGACUUUGAUGAGAAUGAGGACUCCCUGUUCGAUGAGUUUAUAGCUGAAGUUUGACUCCAGCUACAGGAGCCAACACGGAGCAUUUCAACUGUAAAGUUUAACGCAGGAAAUUCACUGUAAAAAGGACGAAAUGACACCGAGAUGAACGGAGAUAAAUCGAGCGACGGAUGAAUCAAGUCUUUCAUCGAACAUUUUACAUUUACAGUUUGAUGCAGUGUGUUCUUCCUGCUCGUUGAGACACUCUGUCUCCGACACGAAUUAAACAUUUAAUUAAACAGAUAACAAAUCUUUGGUUCAGAGUUCCUGAGCCUAAGUCGUUUUGUAGAAAUGAAUUUUGGUUGAUGAGCGAUCAGGAGAUGAUUUAAAAUAAAAUAUUCCUCAGAGCAGAAAUCUUCUAUUAUGCAGCAAAUGGAAGGAUGAUAUUAAACGGACAUUUUAAAGCAGGUGUGGUUAAAACCUGCUGCCGGAUGAUUGACCAACGAACGAGGUGGAAACAAGAAUCUUUGGAUUUUUUAAGGUAGAUUUAAUGUAGAAUAUGAUGGAGCCACUUCCUGCAGGAAACUGUCCGACCUCUUCCCCUCAUCAAACUUCUGAUUCGUGAGCGUCUGACCAAUAAAGAAACAAGUGAACGUGUUUUAAUGAAGUUCUGCUGUGUCAUCAUUCACAUGGAGACGAUGUGCUGCUGACCUUUGACCUCUGCUUUGCCUCCUGAGCUGUUUGCAGAUGAACUGUCACACGAGGAGGUUUCCUACAAACAGACCCUGACAAUAAAGGUUUUAUUAAAUAAAAACA